AUGGCAACAAGCGCAGCCCCAGACAUCGACCUCGCUAUUGAGGAAACCCGAAGGACCCCCUUCACAGACAGAAUCUCGGGGAUGAAGCUAAGCACAAUCGGGAAAAUUAAAUUCCCCGAGGCGCAUCUCAACGACGAUGAAAAAGAGGCAGGAUACUGUCGUUUCUUCGCAAAGAACCUCAUGGGCUCCGCCCUAGAAUGGUUCGCCGGCCUAGAAGAAAAUUCAAUCGAUAACUUCACACAACUAGUAUCGGCAUUCCUAAAGCAGUACUCGGUGUUCAUAGAAACCAGAACAAUCGAAGCCGACCUAUGGAACCUCAAACAAGCACCCUUCGAGCCUCUAAGAGCCUACAUAAAUAAGUUUAGAGAAACCAAAGCAAAAAUCGCAAACCUAAACGACGGAGUGGCUCUCGCCGCCUUGAAAAAUGGUGUAUGCAAAAAAAAUUUGGCAACUAAGGAAGCACCGACCAAAGGUCAACAUUCUUACGCAAUAGAUAACUCCGCGAAAAACAAAUCGUCCACUUUCGAUCUAAACAAGCAUUGCGACUUCCACAAACGGAAAGGACAUUUCACAGAGGAAUGUCGAGCUGCGUUACGCGAAAAGGCGAGAAGGGAGGAAGAAGAAAACUCUCAAGAAGAUGAACCUCCUUCGACUCCAAAAAGCGAUAAAAAGCCGAAAACGUCUUCCCACAAAAGAGCUUGGGAGGUAGAGGCCGAAUCACCAAACUCGCCACCACCCGCUCCCAAAAAGCGGGUUGACAUGAUCUCGCUAAGCACAAACAGGCAAGAUCGAUACGACGUCCAAGGUACGACAGCAACCUCGACGCAAGGAAACAUAACAAUCACUAUACUAAUCCCCGGACUCUAUGAGGAAUUCGAGUUUGUACCAAAAAGACAACCCAUCAAGCCAACACUAGCCAAUAGAGUUACAAAACUCAGACAUCAGCUAGAGGAAGCGAGACCAUACGAACUCAGAAACCGAAAGAAAAACAGCAUGCAGCAGCCCAACUACAAGCUGUGUAGGGGGCAAAGUCAGAUCAUACGACGUAUCGAUUUUAUCUAUGGAGGAUCAAAAUUCUGUAAUUAUGUCAACUCGAUAAAGGCUCACCAGCGGAGAACCAAAAGACCUCUAAGAAUCCAAGAACCUCUCUGCGGACCUGACCACGAGACCACAUUCGACGAGAACGAAACCGCUGGCCUUGAUCAACCACACGACGACGCCCUUGUUCUACGACUCGAUGUCAGACGAUGCGAGCUCUCACGAAUCAUGAUCGAUACCGGAAGCUCAGCUGGUGUCCUAUUCUACGACGCCUUCAAAGGAAUGGUAUUCACCAAAAAUCUCCUUAAACAAGAACCAACCCCGCUCAUUGGAUUUGCAGGAGAAAUAACCUACUCCCUAGGAUCUAUCGAGCUCACAGUCACUGCCGGAGACGUUAGGAAAAUUGUGGAGUUAUCGUAA